AAUAUCCUAAUACCCCUCCUUGCUUUUCUUUAUGUUUCUUCUCACGCGCUCUUUCAAGGCUGCAAGUUCUCCAUUUGUUGCCGGGUCUUCUUCCAUCGCCGUCCGUUGGCUCUUUUUUCACCGUCACUCAUUAUAUACACUAUCUUGAUAAACUAAUUGAUAUUAAUGGUUUGAUCGUCCAUUCUUUUUCGCUUUGGCUUGGCACCAUCUCUUUCAGCCAUGGCGUUCAUCACUUGUCUUACUGUAGUCUCUCUUUUGGUUUCUCCCAUCACGUCCUCGCCAGUUGAUCCGUCCCAUGUUGACCCAGCGGAUAUUCUUAAGCGGGAUCCUGUACCAGCUGGCUAUCAAUCGCCUCCAUAUUACCCGACACCCAAGGGAGGAUGGGUAUCGGACUGGGCUGAGGCCUAUGCAAAGGCCUACGACGUCGUGAGCAACAUGACUCUGGCCGAGAAGAUCAACAUGACCACCGGAACAGGGAUCUUCAUGGGUCCUUGUGUCGGCCAAACUGGCAGUGCUGAACGCUUCGGGAUCCCCAAUAUCUGUCUCAUGGACUCUCCGCUAGGUAUUCGCAAUACUGAUCACAACACGGCUUUCCCGCCGGGGAUCACCGUUGGAGCGACUUUCGACAAGGAUCUCAUGUAUGCACGCGGAGUCGCACUUGGUGAGGAAGCCCGAGGAAAAGGUGUCAAUGUCCUCAUGGGGCCGGUUGUCGCGCCGCUUGGCCGCAAGCCACGAGGUGGUCGUAACUGGGAGGGUUUCGGUGCCGAUCCCAGUCUGCAGGCAAUUGGUGCUGCGCAGACGAUUAAGGGAAUGCAAAGCACCGGUGUGAUCGCGACACUGAAGCAUUUCAUCGGGUAUGAGCAGGAAGAGGACCGGAUGAGCAGCAUCAUCACGCAGGGAUACUCGUCCAAUAUCGAUGAUAGGACUCUCCAUGAGCUCUACCUUUGGCCGUUCGCCGAAGGAGUCAAAGCUGGAGUCGGCUCUGUCAUGAUCGCCUAUAACGAUGUGAACGGAUCCGCUUGCAGCCAGAACAGCAAGCUGAUCAACGGCGUAUUAAAAGAUGAGCUUGGAUUCCAGGGAUUUGUUGUCACGGACUGGCUCGCUCAAAUUGGCGGUGUCUCGUCGGCACUCGCUGGUCUUGACAUGAGCAUGCCCGGUGAUGGCGCUGUUCCUUUGUUUGGUGACAGCUAUUGGGGCUCAGACCUCUCCAAGUCUGUCCUCAAUGGUACUGUUCCGCUGGACCGGUUGAACGAUAUGGUGACCCGUAUUGUCGCUACAUGGUUCAAGUUUGGCCAGGACAAGGACUUCCCCCUACCAAAUUUCUCCAGCAACACCCUAGACAGAACAGGCGAAAUCUAUCCCGGUGCUCUCUUCUCACCCAUAGGCAUCGUCAACCAAUACGUGAAUGUCCAAGCCAACCACAACAUCGUGGCCAGGGCCGUUGCAAGAGACGCGAUCACUCUCCUGAAGAACGACCACAACAUAUUGCCCCUGAAGAGAAACGACUCACUGAAGGUGUUCGGUACUGAUGCGGGCGGAAACCCUGACGGUAUCAAUUCCUGUAGCGACCAUGGCUGCGACAAGGGUGUCCUCGUUGAGGGAUGGGGAAGUGGCACGUCCAGACUUCCUUACCUUAUCACGCCACAGGAUGCCAUCGCCAACAGAUCCUCCAACGCCAAAUUCUAUAUCACGGAUACGUUCCCAUCCGACGUGACCGCCAACUCAAAUGAUGUCGCUGUCGUUUUCAUCAACUCUGAUUCCGGUGAAAACUAUAUCACCGUCGAGGGUAACCCUGGAGACCGCACAGUAUCCGGCCUUUAUGCAUGGCACAACGGAGAUGAAUUGGUCCAAGCUGCCGCAGAGAAGUUCUCUAAAGUGGUCGUGGUCGUCCACACCGUUGGCCCUAUCAUCUUGGAGAAGUGGAUCGAUUUACCUUCAGUGAAGAGCGUCGUGUUUGCCCAUCUACCAGGCCAGGAAGCCGGAAACUCCCUCGUAGACGUCCUGUUCGGAGACUACAGUCCCAGCGGACAUCUGCCUUACACGAUCCCUCGUAACGAGUCCGACUACCCAAAGAGUGUGGGCCUUAUCAAUCAACCCUUCGGUCAGAUCCAAGACACUUUCACUGAAGGUCUAUACAUCGACUACCGCCAUUUCCAGAGUGCCAACAUCACCCCACGAUACCCCUUCGGCCAUGGUCUAUCCUACACUACGUUCAACAUCACCGAGCCGACUCUAUCCGUUAUCACGCCCCUGGAUAGCGAGUAUCCUGCCGCACGGCCCGCUAAAAAUGCUACUCCCACAUAUAGCGACGUGAUCCCUCCCCCAUCCGAAGUAGCCUGGCCAAAGACCAACUUCACCCGCAUCUGGCGCUAUCUCUAUCCAUACCUCGAUAACCCCUCUGCCGCCGCGAAGACCAACUCAACCUCCUACCCCUAUCCCUCAGGUUACAGCACCAUACCUAAGCCCGCGCCUCGCGCCGGUGGUGCUGAAGGCGGCAACCCAGCCCUAUGGGACAUUGCCUACUCCGUCAACGUCACGGUGAGAAACACCGGUUCUCGACCAGGAAAGGCCGUGGCUCAGCUCUACGUCGAGCUACCUUCAUCUCUGGCCCUCGACACGCCCCGUCUGCAACUUCGCCAGUUCGAGAAGACGCGCACGUUGGCUCCCGGCCAGAGCGAGGUUGUGACGAUGGAACUGACACGGAAGGAUUUGAGCGUUUGGGACGUAGUGGUACAGGAUUGGAAAGCGCCCGUUGGCGGAGAAGGGGUUAAGAUCUGGGUUGGACAGAGUGUAGGUGACCUUAGUGUUGUCUGUGAAGUUGGAGGCGAGUGUGGAAGUGCGUAGACCUGUUAAGGUUCAGGGGUUAUGUUGGAUAAGAGUAAAGAAUAUAUAGUUAUGAUGUGGGUUCAGAUGGGUAACUGGUAAGUAUGGAUGGAGGCUUUUGGUAUGUACAUACAUAUGUAUAUGUACAUACAUCCGUUGUAUAUACACACAUAGGGAAAUAAUAUACGUAAUACCUUUUUUUUUG